CUUUCCUAGCCACCUGGCCCAACGCCCUACAAGGCGAGAUAUUGCUGUUUGAGAUUUGGACGAAUACCCAAGGAAUUUUAUCGAAGGAUGCUCUACAAUAUCUCAAGUACGACCCCCGACGUCGACUCAGAUCCUGACGAUGUCGGCGACCUCCCCGGUCAUACAUCUCCUCUUCCGGAGGAGACGGUUCCGACCUCUAGCUCGCCAGUAUCGUCCUCGCCAUUCGCGCAAACGCCUCCCGACGAUAUUAUCAGCUGCGGAACGACGCAUCAAGUCUUGACCGGAUCCUCGGACCCAUUCUCAUGGUUCAAGAAUUCUCAGCGCGUGGACACCUACACGAAUGAACACGAGACACCACGGGACACGGAGGGUCGACUCGCCGAUGACUUGACUAGUCCUGGAUCGCCACACUCGAGCUUUGCUACCCGCCUCCAUGAACUACUGCUCGUCGUCCAAAGAGAGCGCUCACUGUCUGGGACAGCGUCGGUAGUUUCUUCUCAAAGUGGGACUCCGGAAAAACCGGGCAGGACGGGGUAUGCCGAGGAUAUAAGUCCACCCUUCGCCCGGGAGGACUUUGGCACGCCCGUUGGCCCAGACUACCAAGCUGGGAAUGUCAUUCAAGAUACUGGUUCUCCUGAUUACUGGGCAUACUUUCCCGAAUCGACUUCCCUAGCAAUUCCCUGCGAUACCGAGCAGCUGCCCUCUCUCAACGGCGACAACUCCUGCUCGAGCGCAUAUAGUCACUCCGAAGAGCCUGUGUCUGAGACUGAGGUUGAUUGUCCCGCAUACAUGCAGUACAACGCACUUUCUGUGGGCCCCUGUGUUGAUCAGCGACGCUCUAGCUUCUCCAGUUCUCUGAAACGUUCUCUCGACCCUCCAGGCACUGCUCUGGGACUAAUCAAUGGCGAACCCUAUCGCACCGAUACCUCACACGGGCUAGAGUCAUCCGCACCUCAAAGAAAACGUACCAAGAAGCUAGUUGUCGAUUAUCCACAAUCAUUCUCGACCCGUUCAAGAUUCUUCUCUCGGAAGCCUUCUCUGGAUGGCGCGUCUAUGCAGCGUGGCGCCUUGAAUGGGCCGUGCAACCAUAUCUCCCCUAAGCGGCGCAUGUAUGCGCAACGUGCCGCGAGCUUACGCCGCGCAGACUCAUUGCGGAGCGAAGUAUCGUCGUAUGCGCGCGAUUCUACGGACCAGGCAACACCAAGACGUACUUCGCUAGGCGGUAGCCUCGAUUCCCUCUCUCCAAUCGCAGAACAGAACGAAGGACCAGACUCGGAUGACGAAGACGACAUAACUUCCAGCCUUACACCCUACGCAUAUAUCCCGACGGAACCCGCUACGCCCAUCCCCGCUCCCCGCCGUCGCGCUCUACCGGGCCGCAUCCCGACGCCUCCACGGUCUCCCCUUCCUGUCCCACUGCCGAUUGUUGCGCCCCCUGCGUUCGAAGAGAUUCCCAGCGCACCGCUCAACGAAGAAGACGCGGCCGAGCGCCGGAUCCGAGCAUUGAUGAAGCGCGAAGCUACAGAACGAAGAGCGGACGGACUGUUGUGCGCGGAUCAGAGUGACAGAGAGUGUCUUUUGAGAAGUGGAGACGGUAAGGGCGCUGCUGAAACUGAUGACAUUUCGAAACGACGAAGGGACAUGAGUGCGCCAGGCAACAGUGAGGACCCGGAGUCGAGGGCGAUAUUGAGGCAGUGCGCUAGUUCAGUGGGUAAUGUUGACACGGAACCAGGUCCGGUACGGAGCAAGUUCGCCAUAGUGGAGGGGUUUGACCUCGGCAUCGACGAGGAGAUACGCCCUGAAUGCGUUGAUUGGAUCCUAGAAGUUCUCCCGGACAUAAGCGGCCAACCAAGACGCGCACGCAAGGACCUCUACGAGCAGCUCCGGGACUCCUCCGAGACACGCUGGCACGCUGCUCAGCUCUUCACUCGCUACUCUCUCCGCCUUGGAUCGGUUCAUUCACAUGCGACAUUCCCUGCGAGUCCAUCCGCAGAGGGAGUGUUUCGUGGCAGCGUCUCAACCGAGAAGGCACUUCUUAUGCAUGACGGGUGUGAAGAUGUCAUCUGGGACUGUGCCGUGGCAUGUGUCGUGCUUAGCGUCAAAUUUCAUCGUGAUGUCUUUCCCCCGUACUACUUGAUUCCGGCGCGCGAGUUCGGUGCGCUCGCUUCCCACACAAUGUCUUAUGCCGACCUCGAGGCUGCGCAGUGCGACGUCCUCGAUGCGCUGUCCCAUUCGGUCGGUUGUGUCACUCCGGGCCAGUAUCUCCAUGACCUGUGGCUCGCGCUGCCUAGCUUACGGGAUCUACUCGCCUUCGAGAACGGGUGGCAAGCUGCGCAAGAAGAGACAUGGGCCAUCUUAUUGGAGGCAUUCAUGCAGCGAGGCAUCCUCCGGUUCCCCACGUCUCUUCUUACAGCUUGCGCACUCAUCGACGGCUGCGUCGACGUGCUCAUCGAACGCUACAAAGUCAAAGUCCACACAGCCAAUCCCUACAAGAGCAGGCGCAGACCAAGUAGCGGUGCCGGACGCCUUAUCCGCAAGGAUCGCAACGAGGAUCACCGAAGGCAGGCCUCUAAGGCGGUUCAGAGCUUCAAGCUCGAUUUGCAGGAGCUCUUGGGGUAUACGGAGGCCGAUGUGCGGUAUUGUCGGUUCUGGUUGAGGUCCGCUGCGUAGAGUCCAUGCUACUUCUGCUUGCUGUUUUCACAUACAGUAUGCCGUCGAGUAACGAGAAAGAGCUAUUGGCGGCGCACGUCAUCUCAAGAAUCCGUUGUUCCA